CAUGGCCCCGACCUCCAGAGCUCGGCGGCCCGGGGGAAGCGGCCCCGGCGGGAGGCGACCGCCGGAAGAGCAGCCAAGGCAUCGACGAUGACUGCCGAGAGCACCGAACCCAAUGGCCCCAUGCGGGAGCCGACGGUGGGGGGCACAAAGCCGUCAGCCCCCCCUGCCCCACCGCGGCGCCGAGGCCGAAGGCUGCGACGGAAGUCACUGCCGGAGGUGGCGGUGAAGGGACAGCUUCGCAUGCGCUCACCGUCGGGAGCCUUCGUCAUGGUGGGCAUCUCGGUGGUCUUGGUAGGCAUGACCAUUGCCGUGGUGGGCUACUGGCCCCACCGGGGGCAUGGAGGUGCUGGGGCUGGAGCGAGGAACGCCAGCACGGCGGGGGACAUGAGGAGGGAGGUGGUUGCUGGGCGUCCCGCGCCCCACAAUGAGAAGCUGAAGCUGAUCGGCCCUGUCAUCAUGGGCAUCGGGCUCUUCAUCUUCAUCUGUGCCAACACCAUGCUCUACGAGAACAGGGACAUGGAGACCCGCAUGCUGAUGCAGAAAGGCCUCUACUGCAUGGCCACGGAUCUCCCCAAGGAGACCAGCCCCAAGGAUGAGGACACCCGGCUGGUACCCAAAGCCAGCCCUGAGUGCUUGGAGGGCUGCUAUGAAGUGGACCUGUCCUUGGGCAGCAAGUGGGCUGAUGGCUUUGGCCCCAACAGGCUGCAGACCACAGCUGAGCUCAUGCAGUGCCCGGGGGCAUCGCCGGCAGCCUCCCUCCUCAGCCUCCACUCGGAGGCAAACCUGGGGCUCUCCGCCACCAUCGGGGCCUUGGCGUUGCCCAUCAUCAAGCUCAACAACCGCUUGCUGGAUGCCGCCUCACGGGCGGCCAAUGGGAUGACAGAGGGAGCCCAGCUCCCCGCCGAAGGCCCGGCGCCCUCCUGUGCCCUGCUGUCCCCCAGCAGCGGCAGCAUCGCAGCUCGGGGCCUGGAGAACCACGGCGGCCACGUCGUCAUCAACGUGGAGGACGGUGGCCCCACGGUGCAUGCGGGCCCCGAUGCUCAGCCCCACAACCCGGGCCACUCCAAGUCCCUGGACCUGGGCCGGCCGGGGGUGCUGCUGGUGGCUCCCAUCAAGGACCGUAAAAACCGGAGUUGGCCCCGGCUCGAUCACGUCAACGCGGUGGCUUAUGCCAAACUGGAGAACUGGGGGGAGUCCUUGGACCGGCUACUGGAGACCAGCGGGACGCCACACCAUGCUGAGCCCCGGCCCAGCUCCUGGGUGGUGGGCAUGGAGGGGGGCUCGCGGGUCUGACGGCCCCGGGGUUGAGGGUUUGAAGCAGACUUUUGAUGCUGAGAGAUCCCCGAGCCUGGGGAGGGCUCCCGGGUUGGGACCUUUGCUUCUCCUCGCCUGCCUCCUCUUCCUCACCACCUUCCCUGGGAUGCUCUCAGUCUUACAAAGCCCUUCUGCUGGCAGCCUUCCUGGAGGAGCCCUCACUUGUAGACCCACGGUGGACCAUGGCAUGGGGUCGGGGUGAGCAAAGCACAGAUGGGUCCCUUUGCCCAACCCAAAGGGAAAUUUGCUUGAGCAGAGCCUGACAGGGCCAUUAAAUGUUACCUUGAUGCCACGCAGUGCUCCCUAGUCUCAUGCUCAGGAUGGGAGUGGGGCAUCCCCACCACUCUGGGCUCUGGGCAGUGUGGGAAAGCGUGUGAGAAAGGUGGACAGGGGGAGCUUUUCCUGCACAAACAUCCCCACUUCACUGGAGCCGAUCACCAGCCCCACCAAACCUCUGCUUUCCCUGAAAUUGCCUCAAACCUGGGUACAGACCCAUCUCAUCCCUUGUUCCUUCAGCCUCUGUGCUCAGAGGACUCGGUUUCCCAUAGGGAAUGCCAGAGGUGUUCAUUGCGCUGGUCCUGUGGGGUUUGUGCCAUACGGGGUCCAACUGCCUGCAAUGGGGCUCAGCUCCUUCACAGCCCCUCUGUGCAGGUAUGGCAGCAGGAAUGCUGUGUGCCCUGCUGCUGUGUGUGUGCAGAGAGGUGGUGAGCUCAGGGGGAUGCAAAAGGAGCCCAGGGAGCUGCAGAUGUUGGUGCUGCUGCCCGCUUCAUGCUGUCUGGGCAGCUGCAAAGUUCAGGCAACAAAAUGGAAAAAUUCCUGGAGUGUAAUUGUUUCCGAAGCUGGUUUGGGGGUGGAGAUGAUAGUUUUGUUUGGAUGCAAGCAACAGGAGGAUGCAGUGGGGGAGAGGAAGGGGCUGGCUUUGGUUUUAUGGUGCUGCUGGCUGCUCUUGUGUUACUUGGUGCUGUUUGGCUGCAGGAUGGGAGCUGCUGAGGGGCAUCACGUUGUUUCCAUGAGGACAAACCAGAGAAGGUUGUUUUGCAGCACUGCGGUCCAUGCCUGAUCCUGCUGCUGCUCCGGUGCUCAGCAGGGCCCUCCCUCCCCAAAUUCUUUCCAGCAGCAGCAGCUGGGGACACAUCCCCAAACCUCCCAGCUCCUCUGCAGGCUGCAGUGGAUCCUCACUCAGAGCUGCUGCUCUUGCCAGCGACCCGGGAGGCACAGCAGCAUGGCUUUGCUGCACGGGCUGGAUCCCUGCCUCUCCUAUCCCAAGAGCAAAGUUGUGGUGUGGGGCUGAGUGUCAGCUGCUGAAAUAUGUCUUUGCUGAAUGAAAUGGUUUUGUUUUCUCUUUUGUUCCCAUCCCCACGAAACAAGCACAGAGUUUUUUGGACCUUGGAAGCUGCAGGACAAUGUCUUUUUUCAGCCCGAACCAUUCUGCAGAACAUUUUGACUUGGCAGCCAUGUGCUCUGGCACAAACACACCACACUGUCACUGCCAAAGCCCCUUCUGUCCUCAAGCAGAGCUGUGCUGGUGCUGGGGACAGGGGGAGGGCAGGAGCUGCCAUGGCUCACCAGCAGCUUGCAUCUCCACCCUGAUUAGCAGUGGUGACGGCACACAGCACCAGGACUGGGAAUAGGCAGGUGAACGCCUACGAGGCUCAAAGCACUGAUUUUAGAGCAGUCAGGGCUUCUUUUUCUUUCCCUCUUGGGAAAUUUGGCAUUGUAUGUUUCUUCUCAGCGUCUGCUUCAUGCUCUUCUGCCUCCACUUUGCUACAAAGCAGCCCAGCAAGCAGACGGGCUGCAGUUGGCUUCCUGCUUAACCUCCAGGUGAUGCAGCACUCAGUGAGUGCAUAACCCAACCAGCCAAAAAGCCACCAAAGGGCUCCCGGGGCAGGAAUGCACCCAGAAGCUAUUUGAGAUCAAAAGUAACUUCUCCUUUGCGUGCACCCACACAUCCCCCAGCUCUGCUGCUGCCCUGGGACACAGCGUUGGAAGCAGCACUGCUGCGGCGGUGCUUCCAUCCCACCACAAAGUUCAAGCAGCCCAAAAGCAUCUCAGUGCUGUGCAGCUGUAAUGCAAUGCCUUAAGCUGGGGCAAAAAAAUGAAAAAUAAAAAUACAUAUAUAUAAUAACCAGGUAUGGAAAAGAAAUGGAGGGAAUCUGCUAUUUUGCAGAGGGUUUCCAGCUGCUCAGCCCUGGGCUCAUUUGCAGCAUUUCCCACCCUGCACUGAGCAAACUCAGAGCUGUGAUGCUGCCUGCAGUCGUGUCUGUUUCUCCCCCACCCCCUGAAGAUUUAAA